GUCUCAUGUACUUUUAACGCGAGGUAAACAAAUGAAACAUAAACAUUUCCUUUUUGCAUUUUAAGUUGAGAAAAAAUGUUUAAGUGUUUAAAUAAAUUUUAAGAUUGAUACCUUAAAUAAGUCAUAAUAGUAUUAUAAAAUAUUAGAACGAAUGGGAGAAAAUAGAAAAUCAGUAUGUGUCGUAGGAGCUGGUUUAUCUGGAUUGGCUGCUGCCAAAUGCAUGCUUGAUGCAGGCUUUAAAGUGAUUUGCUACGAUGAAAAUGAAAGCGUUGGGGGAAAGUGGAACAAGGACAAUAAUGACUAUAUUCCACGCUCUAUAAUAACAAAUGUCCCCAAAACAUCAAUGUGUUUUUCAGACUUUCCACCAAAUAAUUACCCAUUGUUUAUGUCUGCAGAAAAUUUUUAUAAAUAUUUAAAUUCUUACUCAGAUCAUUUUAAUUUGCAGUCAGUUAUAAAAUUAGGUUGUUCUGUUUUAAAAGUUGAGCCUGAAGAGGCUUUAUUAGCUGACACAAAAUGGAAAGUUACUAUUAAACCAAAGUGUUGCCCCAGUGAAGUGAAGCUUUUUGAUAUUGUGCUGGUUUGUUCCGGUUUUUAUAAAAAACCAUAUAUUCCAAAAAAAAUUAAACAAGUUCUAAGUGAAUUUAAGGGUGAAAUUAUACACAGCAGAAAUUUUAAGGAUUCAAGUCAAUACAAAAAUAAAAGAAUAAUUGUAUAUGGGCUAGGAAACACAGGAGGUGAUAUUGCAUGUGACUUGUCAAAUCUAAAUGAAACUACACAUGUAUCUACUUAUAGAGGUACUGUUGUAGUACCUAGAGUCUUAAAAGAUGGCUCAAUAUUUCUGAACAAAAGUAAACUCAGAUUGCUUGAUUAUAUUCCAAACUUUAUACAAAGAUUCUUUUUUAAAUAUUUACUUAAAAAAAUGUUAAGUCAUAUUUAUAAUCAGGAUGUUCUUGGUUUGUCAUCAUCUAUACUAUCUUCUGUUUGCAUCAAUGAUUUAUUAUGCAUGCAGAUUCUUUUCGGAAAAGUUGUUAUAAAACCUGAGAUCUUAAAAACUAAUGGGCGUACUGUUUUUUUUUCUAACAAUACUUUUUUAAAAGAUGUUGACACCAUUGUUUUAUGCACCGGCUAUAAACGACAAUUUUCUUUUUUAUCUGAUAAAGUUGUCAAUAUUAAACAUAAUGGCAAAUUCAUACCAUUGUACAAAAACAUUUUCUAUCCAAAAUUUUAUAAAAGUAUGGCAUUUAUUGGAAUGGCUUCAUUAAAUGGUCCAUAUACAUUAAUGGCGGAGAUGCAAGCUCGGUAUGCUGCACAGGUGUUUAAAGGAAUUAUUAAACUGCCAGAUGAAAAUAAAAUGAAUGCUGACAUAGAUAAACAGUUUCAAUAUCUGAAGCAUCAUUACAGUGACCUUAAAGAAAUAAACUUUAUUCCUGGCAGUGCUUGGCUUUAUUUUGAAGAUUUAGCUAAGGGAAUUGGAUGCAAUAUAUCUUUAGUAGCAAUUUUUUUUAAAGAUCCCAAAUUAGCUUGGCAUUUAUUUAUGUACAGAAGUAUUUUUGAGUACAGAUUAUUUGGUCCAAAUUCAUGGGCAGGUGCUCGCGAAGCUGUAUUAAAUGAAUCAAGUUGUAUUUACGAUUAUCUGAAAGGUUCAAGGAAUGUUUGUGAAAUAUAGGUUUCUGCAUUUUUAUGAAGAUAAUUUAAAUUUAUGUAUUUUCCGUAUAUACUUGGUUUUUUUAAUAUUAUUUUUGUAUUUUUUAUUU